AGACUUUCUAUCUCACCUGCGCCCUGCCUGACUAUGAACUGAACUUAGCUCGAUAAAACCUUGGACAUGUCGACAUUCAUCGCACCUCUUGUCGCGAACCUCUCGCAGAAGGCGCUACCACCGACUCUCCCGACGUCAGGCGGGGAGGUUCACCUCGAAAGCGCGUCCACCCGCACCAAAGAGAAUCUACGCGAGCUGUUCGUCAAGCUCGAGCAGUCCACUUCUCCAGAGUCUCUCAAGGAAUGCAUCGACGCGCUGCAGACACUGGAGCACCACGAGCAGCUAUUGUCCGCUCAAGCUGCCGACGGAGAGGAACAGACCCUGCGCCGUGCAAUCCUUGCGAGGGUUGCGCUCGGCCUGUAUGCGCAGGCAUUGACCGCGUACCUGGACGAAGCUGGCGAAGCUGAGGCAGAGCUGGAAUGGUGGAGUGAGCUUGGGCGGUCGCGAAGGUAUACCGCGUAUUACCUUCUACAAACACUACCGUUACGCGUAGCCAACCUCUCCAGACUCGUGCUCUCAACGCUCAGGUCACACAAUAUCCCCUUCCACCUCUCUGUCCUCAAACCAUCAUCGCUCCGCCAGCUUUUCCCCUCAAGCGGCACCCUACGACCCAAUGCGCUCACGCUAGCCCUAUUUCCGCAUUUGCACCACCAGCCUUAUAGCAUCGCGCUAACAACCGCCAGCCUACCCCAUGAUCUCCCGCUUACCACGUCUCCGAGCAAGGCCGUCAGCUCCGUAUGCAACGCGUUUUUCCAAACUCUUUCUGGCGUCGCGCGAGCGGGCGCCCAGGUUGCGACACUUCCUGUGGAGCUCGCGCGAGGAGAAUGCACCUUCAAGAGGAGAGAGCUGGCGCGGAUCCGUGACGAGCGAGCGGAGGUCCUCGGCGCUCUCGUGGAGUUGCGCGACCGCCUCUCUUCCGCGCUCGUGAACGAGCAUAACGACGGAGCGCUGGCUGGAAUUUCCGAGUUCACAGCGUUUUUGCAGAGCAUAAUCGACGACGAAGACGCUGCCUCGCAUAUAGUCGGUGUUGAUGUUUCCGCGCGGGGUGUGGUGGAGUCCCUGUCGGUGCUAGCGAAUGUCACGCUGCCGUCGCACAUCUCUCUCCACAGCGCUGAGCUUAAGUCUGGCGAGCUCCGCAGGCCUUCGCGCCUGACUCUGCUCUGGCCCAAACUGGUCUUCCUACCCCCUUUGGCGCUGUACGCCAUACGCACGGCCUAUGCAUCGCGUGCAUCCCUAGAGGAUCUGGCCAGAGAUGCUAUCGACACUGCAAGAAGCUUCUGGGAGAGCUGGAUCCUCGAACCUUUACGUGGGAUCGUCAAAACGGUCCGCGCGGGGCACGACGAUGGGGUGAUAGUGACGAAGGAGAGCGUUCGCGCUGACCUUGACUCGCUAGAGCGGAUGACGCUGGCGUUAGCGCAGGAGAAACUGCACUACGCCCAACCGGAGCUCGCCGCUCUCUCACAGCAGGUGCAGAUGGGCGACCUUACCGCGGUGAUGCAAAUCUACGAGGAGGACAUCAAGAGCCCUCUACGGUCGGCGGUCCAGGGUACUCUCCUUCGAUCAUUAUUCAUCCAGGUGCAGAAGGCCAAGGUUGACAUCAACCAGGCCCUCUCCGGCAUCGACAAGCUGCUCAAAUCACAAGAGCUCACGUUUGCGUUCGUGGGUGUCGCGCCCGCGCUCGCGAUCGUGUACGCCUUUGCGGGCUAUCUGCGCAAUCUAUGGUCCGGCGGGAAGGGUCGUGGGCGCUACGGCGGUAAGGCGAAGCGCGGUAGCGUCUGGGUCACCGUCAGGCGCAUCGAACGCCUCCUGAUCGCCCAUCCGGAAUCGCAUCAUCGCCGAGCGCAUUCUAAGGCCGUCAGCAACUCCUCCCCCUCGACUGUCUCCCCUUUGACAUCCGGUCUCCUCUUGCUGUCGGUGACCCACCUGCGCAAGUACGCUGAGACGACAUUACCCGCGAACUCGCGUCUGCGCGAAGGCUUCCUGGACGACGUGGCGGACCUGGAGGAUCCGACGCUGGGACGCGCGGAGAAGCUGCGUGUGGUGGAUAGAAUGUGGCGUUCCUGGGGCGAAGUGCUGGGAUGGAGCCGCGUCGCUGCCUGAGUAGGUGGCGGACAUGGAGUUCUGUGACGGUAGAUAGCCGCCAGGAGAACGGC